UCGGACGACAAUGUUUCGCCCCGUCGGUAGUGUACUCCCGUCGAUCGAGACCGAAGAGAAUUCGAAUACGAAUGCGAAUACGGUGGUGGCGCAGCGGUUGCAGUCCAUGUCAAGCGGUGUUGUUCGCGUCGUGUCGGCCGAUACGGUUUUCGAGUAGUGUGACAUAACCGCCGUGCGUUGGCCCCCUCACCCAUCCAACCGAAAACAAUUUAAAAAAAUAAUAACCGUUGUUCUUUUUUUUAUAACUAUCGUCGUCAUCAAUUUUUUUUCGUCUCGUGCCGCAUAUUAUCGUGAUAAUAAUAAUAAUAAUAAUUGAUAACAUAACUGCUGCCCGUCUGUACACAACGAAUUUCGUCCGCGUGUCCGAUGGCGGCCUUGUUCCGGUCAUCGUCUUCACCUUACGCAAUAUUUGUUUACCUGUUACUCAUCCAUAUCGUCCGAAGUUUGCACAACGUUAGCAUACAGUUCAUACCUCCUGCAGUAGAAAGAGGACACGAUGUCAUGAUAUAUUGCAAUUACGAUUUAGACGGAGCUCCAAUGUUGUCCGUCAAAUGGUAUAGAGGAAGCCACGAAUUCUACAGGUACUCCCCCGGGAUGAUACCCAGAACGCAGACAUUCCCAUUUUACGGGCUUAACGUAGACUUAUCUGUAUCGAAUGCGACACAAGUAUUUCUGCGGGAUGUUGGCUUCAAUCUGUCUGGAAACUUGAGCUGUGAAGUAACAACAGACGGGCCUUCAUUCAAAACUGCGCUCGUCUCAAAACGAAUCAUAGUUGUGGAGCUACCAAAAUCAAAACCAGUAAUUGUGACGGAUAAAGAUAAAUAUGAUCCAGGUGAUACUCUAAUAGCAAAUUGUUCAUCACCAGCUUCUAAACCAGCGGCCAGUUUAACGUUCUUUUUAAACAAUAUGCCAAUUGGUAGUCCAGAAACUAUGAAGUACACAACUUCAAAUUCCUUGCAAUUGAGCAGGCUAACAGUAACGCUGAAAUUAGAUCAGAGCCAUUUCAAAGACGGCCGUAAGCUUUUACUACAGUGCACUGCUCUAAUAAAUACUUUGUACAAGCAAACUUCGGAACUUAGGUUACCGAUAAAAUCAACAGAGCCAGUGCCUGAAAAAGUUACUUCUCCAAGUCUUGGAUGUCAGGUAACGUCUUCUAUCAACUGUUCGACGAUGAUCGCUGCUUCAGUUUUGUUAUGGAACGUAUUCAGAUAGUCUAAACGUGGAAAUCUAUAUAUAUAAUAUAUAUAUGUAUAUCUUAAGAGUCUUGUAUUUCACACUUUUGCAUGUAAAUACAAUUUUAAGUUGUAAGAAAAAAACACAUCGAAUAAUACUGCGGAGUGGUAACAAAACAUUACCACAUGACAGAAUUAAAAAAAAAAAGAAACGACCAGCG